GAGGACUACCGGCAACAAAGAUUAAGAAGAAAAGCUGUGGAGCUUCUAUUGAGAGGAGAAGUCGAUAACAGAAGCAAAGAAGGAGCAGCAUUAUUGUUCUGUGGAUUCAGAGAUGAAAACCAAGAAUAAAGGAGUCUGGAGUCCCGCAACGAAGCUAGGGCUGCCGGCUGUCUUCCUCUCAUGCAUCGUUUUCUUCCUUGCUGGAUUUUUUGGUUCCUUGCUCCUCUCUCAGGAUAUCUCUAGCGUCCGGACAAAUCCGAGGUUACUUGAAUCAGUCGACGACGAGACAAGGGACAUUCCGAUGCCGCAAGGAGAGACUGGAGAAACUUUGAUUGCGUAUAUACCCUAUCAGGUUUUAAGCUGGAAGCCUCGUGCACUAUAUUUUCCUAAAUUUGCAACUUCAGAACAAUGCCAAAGCAUAAUAAAAAUGGCAAAAUCUAAGCUUAGACCAUCAACCUUAGCUUUGCGGAAAGGAGAAACUGCGGAGAACACCAAGGGAAUUAGGACAAGUUCAGGCACAUUUAUCAGUGCAUCAAAUGACAAAACUGGAAUCUUGGACAUCAUUGAGCGGAAGAUCGCAAGGGUUACAAUGAUUCCAAAGAGCCAUGGAGAGGCAUUUAAUGUCCUACGUUACGAGAUUGGGCAGAGGUAUAAUUCUCACUACGAUGCGUUCAACCCAGCUGUAUAUGGCCCACAAAAAAGCCAAAGGAUUGCUUCCUUUUUGUUGUAUCUCUCUGAUGUGAACGAAGGUGGGGAAACCAUGUUUCCUUAUGAGAAUGGUUUUAUGGACUUCAACUAUGACUACAAAAAGUGCAUUGGUUUGAAGGUGAGGCCACGCCAAGGGGAUGGACUUCUAUUUUACUCAUUGUAUCCAAAUGGUACUACUGAUCCGACAUCACUUCAUGGUAGCUGUCCAGUAAUUGAAGGGGAAAAAUGGGUAGCAACAAAGUGGAUCAGAAAUCAAGAACAAGAAUGAAUGAAUGUGUGUACAUUUGUCAUGUUAUUCCUUGGAGGGACACACCUGUGGAGCUUGACAUUUGCAGAAUCAUCACACCUUUCAUAACUCACUUUGAAACCUUUCAUCGUCCGAUAAUAUAAAUAGAGGUAUUUUUGGGGACAAGUAGUGUUAAAUGAAUCAUAUUGGUUUCCAUUUGAGUUGGACUGGAAAAAAGGUUGCUUUGAGAGUACAUGCAAUUGGAAGGGAGCAUUGAGGUCUGCCAUAUCCGGACCACAUUAUAGCAAAUGGCAUCAAAUGUGUCAUUGCCACAGGAAGGGCCAGCUUUAUAUGGAUUAGGCCUUAUAACUUUUACAAUAUCUAUGAAGUGACAAGGUGUACUGUACAGUCGACGAAUUUUAAAUAGGGCAA